GGGCGCGGGGGCGGGAGCGGGGCGGGUUUUCUGCGCCCGCCGCCGCCCCGGUCAGCCAGGCAGCACAGAUUUGGGAGAGCCGUCGCCAUGGGAGUGGAAGGCUGCACCAAGUGCAUCAAAUACCUCCUUUUCGUCUUCAACUUCAUCUUCUGGCUGGCAGGAGGCAUCAUCCUGGGAGUGGCCCUGUGGCUCCGCCAUGACUCGCAGACAACGAAUAUCCUGUACCUGCAGCUGGGGGACAAGCAGGCCCCCAACACCUUCUACGUUGGAAUCUACAUCCUGAUCGCAGUCGGGGCUGUCAUGAUGUUCGUGGGAUUCCUGGGAUGCUACGGUGCUAUUCAGGAGUCUCAGUGUCUUCUGGGAACGUUCUUCACUUGCCUGGUGAUCCUGUUUGCCUGCGAAGUUGCGGCUGGAAUUUGGGGUUUUGUCAACAAAGACCAAAUAGCCAAAGACGUGAAGCAGUUCUACGAUCAAGCGCUUCAACAAGCGCUCAUGGGAGAAUCAGAUGCAAGCAACGCCAAAGCUGUAGUGAAGACCUUCCAUGAAACGCUGGACUGCUGUGGUUCUGAUAUUAUAACGUCGACUUUCACUCCUGUGUGGAGGGAUGACCUCUGCCGAAAGGACUCCAUGAAAAGCUUUUUUGAGAACACCAACUGUCACAAAAAAAUUGAUGAGCUCUUCUCCGGGAAGCUCUACCUGAUCGGUAUCGCUGCUGUCGUGGUUGCUGUGAUCAUGAUCUUUGAGAUGAUCCUGAGCAUGGUGUUGUGCUGUGGCAUAAGGAACAGCUCCGUCUACUGAGCCGUGAGAGCCGGGCAGGGGAAGGGGGGAUCAGGGCGGACGGCGCUAGAGGGGACCCCAAGUGCCACCGAGUGACCAGGAGACAUUUCAACAACAGACAAAGAAAAUUAUGUAUAUAAAUGCUUCCAAUAUUACCAUACAGUACUUAUCAUUUUUAUUUUGAAGUACUUUUUUUUUUUUUUUAAUAAAUAAAACUUUCCCGUAUCUUUGUGGCUGAGUUAGUUACACAUCAGUUUUGUGUGAUGGGAAAGCUGCUGUAGCAGGAGAUCAAGUCCUUCCUCCUCCUUCCCCACCCCCAGUAACUCAGAAGUAACAUUGGUGGAAGAUGUGCGGAGGAGAAGGGUGCAGCCUGGUCUCAGAAAACUUUGCCUUGGUUUUACCAAUUUUUUUAAUUGGAUGCUGAAGCAGAAUUCAGUAUUUCUGUUAAUUUGUACUCAUCUUUUCCAACCACUACCCCAGCUCCCUGGUGUUUCCAAGCUGUCCAUAGGGAUGCCUUGGCUGACUGUCCAAAGCCUGGGAGAAAGGAGGGGAAAGGAUGCAGCCUCCAUUGCUUGGGUGCAAUGUAUCCCAGGAGAAACACAGGCAUUGUUCCCCUCCAGCCUCUUUCCAUUGGUAGGUCAGUCCUUAACACAAGUCAUGCUGAAACUUUUUUACUCUCUAAUGAGUAAAAAUGUUUUUUUGGUUUUGUGAUUUUUUUUUCCUUGGGGCUAUAAUUCUAUAAAUUGGCUCAGUUGCAUUGAUUCAUUGCAAUAAAAGGUCAGUGGCUGGGGAAGAAUUUUAGUCCCAGUUUUUCAAAUAUAACAAAGUGAAAAUUAAAUUACUUUUUUAAUGUCCUUCAGUGUUUCAUUAUAGACAUAUGUUUCAAGGAGAAUCUAGUUCUAAACCUAAGUUUCCACUGUUAAGCUAAUGCUCACAUAGAAAUAAUACUGGAAAAAGAAGAAAACAUAAAAAAAGUUCUUGGCUAUAGAAAUCCUGCUUUUAUGUACUGCAGGAUGAUGUUUGGGUGUUCCCAACUAUAUGUGUACAUGCUUAAAAUUUCAUCUUUGCAUCACUCUCUUGUUCAGUGAAAUUAUUCUUAAUUAUAGCAUAUUGUCACACACUGUAAUAUUGCUGAGAAAUUGUCAUAAUCUGAUUAUGAAAGAAAGGUUAUUUUUAAGACCUUCCAGUUAUAUUAACAGCAGAUCAGCUUAUAAAAUCAAGGUAAUUUAGCAUGUUAGAUGGCACCAGUUGAAACACAUUCUUGUGAUCUGGUAACUUUGGUUAUCACUUUGAUGUCUGUGGCUUCUUUUAUAUGCCACUCUGUCACCAUGUAGAUAGAGGGGGGAGAGUGACCCGGGAGCUAUGUAAUAAAUCAGAGUGUCACUAAAAAGAUGAUCUAUAUGUAUAGUUCUAUAGAUAUAUAUUUUUAAGCAAAGCCUUUUCCUUAGCCGUACGGGCACUUGAGCUGGAAAUUAUAGCAUCUCAGCUCUUUUGCCACCUUGAAGCAGGUAAGGGGAGGAGUUUAAAUUAGUGAUCGCUUUCCCCACUUCAGGAGUAUUUCUGUUUCCUAAAGUUUUUCUCCCCCUUUGUCACAACAGAGAGCUUCAGAUCUGAUAGGGAGGGAGGCCUGUGAUCAUCAGUCAUUUUCAAACUAGUACCUUGUCCACUGCACGUGGCUGUCAUGGCUGUUACCAUUACAGGAUUGAAAAUUCCUGCACUGGGGCAAAUUGAUCCAUUCAGAUGUUUUUCUUCCCUUCUACUCCCCCCUUUCCUCUUCCUGCCUUUUAGUAUAUAGGGCCUUUAAAAAGUAUAUAGGUAAAUAUAUAUAGAUAUAUAUAUAUAUCUCAAGUUGUGCUGGGUAAAGAGGAGGAAGUGCUUCAACAGAUCUUCAUAUUGAGGGGUUGGACAAGAAAAGAUUCAGCCUUAGAAAUAGCCUUAAAGCAACACUGCCCUGAAUGUCCAUGUUGUGCACAUUGAGAAUGAGAUGAGGUUUUGCAGUAGGUAACCCCUUCCCCUGCUCCCCAGCGUAGCUCCUUCAGGUCAUCUACUCUGUUAUGUGGCCAUAUGUAUAUGCAACAUCCAAGCAUGUGUGUUUACAUCUAUAUGCAUCAGGAUUGUCAGCAUACAGAAUGGAUGUGUAACUUGCCACCUUUUUUGUUGACUGUUGGUAAAUGUGUAUAAAUAUGCCAUUAAGCAUUUCAAUUCUGUUUUCUUUUCCUUAUACCGUAUUUUUGAUAUUGUUCAGUAUUCAGUUGAUGCUGUGUACAUAGCUGGAUCUCUGUUUGAAGACAGACUGGCUCUCGAUGCAGGUCAGAUGUGUCCUCAGACAUUGUACUUUAAGGGUUUGAGUUGUCCCAGGCAGAAGCAAUUGGGAGAAAGUGGUACUUGGAGAGGGAAUUUGAGAGCUGUGAGAGGAGGAUGAGCAGGAAGUUUGCUCAGACUGUGUCCCACAGGGGGUACAAUUCACUCUCUGGAUCAUUUCAGAGGUUGCUUGCCUUUGUGGAGAGUUCCAGAGGCAGCUUCCUGGGCCAUCUCCUGUUUCUGUGGCUCCUGCAGGAAAGAUGGUCAAGGAGGGGAACAGCUAGAGAAGGGUCGUGUGAGCAGGGACAGAAGGAUGCUUGCAGAGAGGACAAUGCUUUCUUUAGUUACCAGCUGAGUCCCCACACUUGAUGGAAUGGUCCUCAGCUGGAGGAGUCAGUCCUGGGAGAACAGGGACAGAGAGGAACCGUCAUGCUUAAGAACAAUGAAGUCGUUGAGAAACCCUCUCUGAAAAAAACUACCCACUUGGGUCUCCUGUGAAGCUGGACCUGAGUUAACACAAACUAGAAAGGGAGCUGUGAAGGGCUGAGGGGACUCGUCCCAUUGCAAGCCCUCAGGAUCCAAAAGCCACGGGGCUCUUCUGCCAGGUGGCCAGUCCCAAAGCUGGCUGAGGUGACUGGGCAGGACCCCUGCUCUGCCCCAGUGCCUCUCCUGCGUACCUGUGCCUUUGUGUGUGCAACAUGGCACCCUGUACUGCUCCUCUCCGCAGCCCCAGGGCAGAAAAGCAUGGAAUUGCAGGCUGUAGAUACAAACCCCUCCCUCUCCAUGGAAGCAUCCCUCCUGGAGCUAGUGGCAGCUGAGAAAAUGGCUGUGAGCUGAGGUGGGGAUGAGGAAUGUCAACUGUCCAGGUCUGAGUUCAAAGACUGCAUCGAAAGGUCAAACAGAGCCGCUGACAGCUUAACUGAAUGCUUGGGAUUUUUUCAUACUGUGGAGCAUGCCACAAAGCAGUGUGUUUAACUUCUUUCUGCCUUUUUUUUUUAAAGAAAUGAAACAAAAUCAAUUUAAUAAACAUUUCUCAUAGUGUGCAUAGUGUGAUGAACUGCUGCAAUUUUACAACCAGUUAACCUUAACACCAGGAUGCUUUGUGAACCAGGCUUUGACAGCAUGGGAUUUUACAGCCUCUGGGAGGGGGGCCUGCAGGCAGGCUGAGUAUGCAAAUGGACUGGUGCUGAGGGAAGGCAGAAAGGUUCCUUGCCUGAAGGAACCUUUCCUUCCUCCCCAAGGCAAGGGGGGCACCGCUGUAGGGGAGCUAAUGUGGUUUGCAAAAAGAGUGACUGUGCUGAAAUUCGGCACGGGGUGGAGGGGGGGCAUGGUGGCAGUCCUGCACGCACUUGAGGGGCUCCUCCUAAAGUGACCAGAAAUGGCCCAAAAUGCCCUGUGCUGCCAUCUGGAUGGGGACUGGGCUGGUCUGCUUUCUGUGGAUGGUCUGGUAAUGCCACUGCUGCUGCUCCCACCUGCCCCUCCGCACCAGCAGGGGAAAGCCUGGCUGAGAGCGAGGUGGGCUGUGAUCCCUCAGCUGCCUGCCUUCCUCUGCCCUGUCCUGGACUUUGCACUGUGUUUGAAGCAGGAAUGUCCUGCAGCGGCUGCCAGCCAUCGCCCGUGCUGGUACAGAGAGGGAGGGGGUGCCGGGCAAGGGAGGGCAUGGAGAGAAUACAGCGUUGAGCUGCUGCAAAGAAAGGCAAGCCCUGCUCCCAGCGGCUGUGCCUGUGCUGCAAGAUCAUGCUCAUCUGUUGUUCUUUCACUUGUUUACCUGAAUGUUAAUGGAGUCAGACAUAAUGACUUCUGAAAAGAAAAAAAACCAACCUGAUAUUUAAAAACAAUAAAAAAAAA